UUAUUUAUUUAUUUAUUUUAUUGAAUAGCUGUUCAUAAUUUAGGUAUAGCGGUCCGUGCUAAUCACUUGUGUAUGUCAUGUGUGUGUAGUUAUGCGACGAGAGGAGAUGUUGGCCUUGAACAAAGCAGAUUCUCUGUUUUUCUCCUCCAUGUGCAUCAUCUUUAUGGUUGGCGACAGCGGUGACCGCUCUCCGUCUCUCGCACAUUAACAUUCGACAAUUACAUACUGCACCACAUUCCUCUCAUUUUCAAAGCAAAAUGCGAGAUAUGAGCCUAAAAUUCAAUUGUGACAGAAAUGAAAGUCACUGUUGCUCGUUGGAACAGGCUCAGUUCAUUCCGCAAUAAAAUUUUAGUAAAUCUACUCUGCAUACCCCUCCCGACCGAGAAUGCAAUUAAAGCAGUCAUAGUAACUGCAGCUUUUGUAAAUACAGACUAUCUGGGGCAUUAUAAUGUAAGUGUGUCCAUUGCCCAGUCAACGAUAAUGAUGUGAUGUUUUUCUGUCGGCUUUUGAUACAGCAGACUGGAACAAGCUAAAUCUGGUUGGCCGGGCGACUACGCUGUUCAUUCAGACUCACGUUUCCCAAUAUAAACCGAAGGAAAAUGGUUUUCUGUGCCUGCGCGUUUAAGUAUGUUUUCCAAAAACGAGAUGGUAAUGAUAGCCUCUGUGUCUCUGAUCUUAGUCGUGUAGGCCACCUACACACAGCCUGUAGGCUAUGUGUAAGAAGGAAACGGAUUGCUAAUAGACGCAGACAGUAAUUGUGUCAGUGUUUUCCCAGGUUGGGUCAGCGAGGCAGCCAGGUGGCUGAUUUAGGCAAUUACCAGGAUGAGGUAGUGCUCGAAAGAAGGUACUACUUUAAUACCGAAACACUUCCCCCCUACAAAACGUCCAGUAUUGUUCUUGAAUGGGCACAAUGCCUGGAACUGGGAGCUCAACCAACCUUGUAAGGUGUGAGCAGCCCUGAACACCGCAGCACCAGCGCAGCGCGGACCCGGAGGGAGAGGGAGACAGAGGCCAGAGAGCGCGUCGCCGCCGCCGCCGCCGCCGCCGCCGCCGCCGCCGCCGCCGCCUUCCCGUCCCAGAGCAGCGCGCCGCCGCCGGCAUGUCCAGCCCCAGCAGCAGCCCGGAGAGGGAGGGCGCCGGGGAGCGCCUGGAGUGCCCCGCCUCGCCCACCGGCCUGGAGGCGGACCCCCCGUCCGUGGGCAGCCCCGUCCUCAGCCCGGACUCCUCCUGCCACGACGCCGCCCUCUCGGCCCCGGCCGCCUCCCCAGCCGACUCUGAGAACCUCAGCCCCGACGAGCUGGAGCUGCUGGCCAAGCUGGAGGAGCAGAACAGGCUGCUGGAGGCCGACUCCAAGUCCAUGCGCUCCAUGAGCGGCUCCCGGCGAAACUCGGGCUCCUCGCUGGUGUCCAGCUCCUCCGCCUCCUCCAACCUCAGCCACCUGGAGGAGGACACCUGGAUCCUGUGGGGCCGCAUCGUCAAUGAGUGGGAGGAGUGGAGGCGCAAGAAGGACAAGCUGCUCAAGGAGCUGAUCAGGAAGGGGAUCCCCCAUCACUUCCGGGCCAUAGUGUGGCAGCUGCUGGGGAAGGCCACGGACAUGCCGGUGAAGAACCAGUACUCGGAGCUGCUGAAGAUGUCCUCGCCCUGCGAGAAGCUGAUUCGCCGCGACAUCGCCCGCACCUACCCCGAGCACGACUUCUUCAAGGGCCAGGACAGCCUGGGCCAGGAGGUGCUCUUCAACGUCAUGAAGGCGUACUCCCUGGUGGACCGGGAGGUGGGGUACUGUCAGGGCAGCGCCUUCAUCGUUGGCCUGCUGCUCAUGCAGAUGCCGGAGGAGGAGGCCUUCUGCGUGUUUGUGCGUCUGAUGCAGGAGUACCGUCUGAGGGAGCUGUUCAAGCCCAGCAUGGCAGAGCUGGGCCUCUGCAUCUACCAGUUUGAGUACCUGCUGCAGGAGCAGCUGCCGGAGCUGAACGUGCAUUUCCGCUCGCAGAGUUUCCACACCUCCAUGUACGCCUCCUCCUGGUUUCUCACGCUCUUCCUCACCUUCCUGCCGCUGCCCGUGGCCACGCGAAUCUUCGACAUCUUCAUGUACGAGGGCCUGGAGAUCAUAUUCCGAGUGGGCAUGGCCAUCCUGCAGUACAACCAGACCGACCUCAUCCAGCUGGACAUGGAGGGCAUGUCCCAGCACUUCCAGAAGGUCAUCCCGCACCAGUUUGACAGCUGCCCAGACAAGCUCAUCCUGAGGGCGUACCAGGUCAAAUACAACCCAAAGAGGAUGAAGAAGCUGGAGAAGGAGUACACCACAAUCAAGAACAAGGAGAUGGAGGAGCAGAUCGAGAUCAAGAGGCUGCGGACUGAGAACAGACUGCUGAAGCAGAGGAUAGAGACUCUGGAGAAGGAGAGCGCUGCUCUGGCAGACAGACUGAUCCAGGGUCAGGUGACGCGGGCCCUGGAGGCGGAGCAGAACUACGUGAUCAAGCGGGAGCUGGCGGUGGUGCGUCAGCAGUUCAGCACGGCCAGCGAGAACCUGGAGCGGGCGCAGGACACCAUCCAGGAGCUGCAGCAGCACAAGUACACAGAACAGUUUGUGAAUGGCCUGCAGGCGCAGCUGGAGCAGUCUAAGCUGCAAGAGGCGGAACUGCUGGGUGCUCUGAAGGAGAUGCAGGACAAAGUGUUGGACCUGGAGAGGAGGAACAGCUCCCUGCCAGAUGAGACUAACGUGGCCCAGCUUCAGGAGGAGCUGAAGCUGGUGAAGCUGAGAGAGCUGGAGACGCUGCAGUCCUUCCGAGAGAUGCAGGACGCUGUGGCAGACCUCAACCAGCGCUGGCAGAACCACAUGUCCCGGGGGGGCGGGGGCGGGCACUGGAAGGAGUCGCCCAAGAAGAACGCCCUGAACGAGCUGCAGGACAAGCUGAUGGGCGUGCGCCUGCGGGAGGCCCAGGCCCAGGCCGAGCUGCGGGAGAUGAAGCUGAAGACCCUGCAGCUGGAGAGCCAGAACCAGAUCCACAGCAAGCUGGUGAGCCGGCAGGAGCAGGAGAGCGCCGCCCUGCAGGACAAAGUGCAGUACCUCGCUGCGCAGAACAAGGGGCUUCAGGGCCAGCUGAGCGAGAUGAAGAGGAGGCAGGCGGAGUCCGACUGCAAGAGCAAGGAGGAGGUGAUGGCCGUGCGACUGCGCGAGGCGGACAGCAUGGCCGCUGUGGCGGAGCUGCGGCAGAGAAUCGCAGAGCUGGAGAUACAGAAGGAGGAGAGGCGGAUUCAGGGCCAGCUGAACCACUCAGACUCCGCCCAGUACAUCACCCGGCUGAAGGAGCACAUCGCCGAGCUGAAGAACGAGAUCAGGCAGCUGCGUGGUCACCCCACCAGGUUCCAGACACCAGGAAGUGGGGGCUUCCAGGACCUGCGUUUGACCGGCCCUGCCUCGGGGGAGGCUGAUUACCUCAGCUCGGACGACGACCUGCUGCCCAGCCCCCUCCCUGCCACGGGCCUGUACCACGCCCUGCAGGGCCCGCACCACCCCUCCCCGCGGCUGGACAGCGAGGGCAGCUCCGACAGCGACGGGGAGGGGGACGGGGACGGGGACGGGGAGGGGGAGGAGAGGGGCGACGACGCGGACUCCCAAACCCCUACGCAGCUCUACGCCAGCAUGGUGUGUGCAGAGGCCCUGGAGAACUGAGCAAUCUGAGAGAUACUGCUGACUCAAAAACGCGCGCACACACACACACACACUCACACACACGCACACACAGUUGCACACGUACACACACAGACGCAUACAUACACACUCACACACGCACAUGCGCACACACACACACACACACAUACACACACACACGCACACACUCACACACACACACACACACACACACAUAUGCACACACACACAGGUACACAUGUACACACACACAUACACACAGACGCAUACAUACACACUCACACACACACACACAAACACAUGCACACACACACACUCACACACACACCCCGCUGCACUGCUCCCUCCUUCCUCCCCCUCCCUCUCAUCCCCUCAUCGUCUCCAUUCUGUGUCUCACAAGCGGGCGUCGUGUUGGGACGUCUGGAGGGGUGUCUCCUCUGAGCAUCUGCAGCGUGGGGAGGGCGGGGUCGCUCGCCGUCCCUCGCCCUCUGAACAGACUGAGUGUCCCAGAGUGAACGAGGCCGGGCACUGGAGCGGCAGCGGGGGGGGGGGGGAGAGCUGUGGGUUUCCCGGCUCGCAGGCCCCCGCCCCCCCACCCCCGGCCUGGCCCUGAGAAAGAGCUGACCGCUCAGCUCCUUCAGACUACCUUUGAAACCACGCGGGGGGAAAAAAACCUGUUGAUCAGAAAACAGAGCUGGAAGUGAAACCUCUCUCAUUUAGGGAAAACUUUUUGCCACUUCCCCCGGUCGUCCGGUCGCCCCCCGCUCUCCGGGUACCGCGAGAGAAAUCUCCGGGACUGUUUUUCGAAAGCCGUACCUUCGUUCGUGCCGGGGCGGUAGUGAUCUUCCACCUCCAGCAUGUCUGUUGUGCGCACUGUUCCACUGCCAGGUCAGCGCUAACACGCGGUGUUUCUCUUCACCCUUUAUCUGUGUUUCUCUUCACCCUUUAUCUGUGUUUCUCUUCACCCUUAUCUGUGUUUCUCUUCACCCUUUAUCUGUGUUUCUCUUCACCCUUAUCUGUGUUUCUCUUCACCCUUUAUCUGUGUUUCUCUUCACCCUUUAUCUGUGUUUCUCUUCACCCUUAUCUGUGUUUCUAUUCACCCUUUAUCUGUGUUUCUCUUCACCCUUUAUCUGUGCUCGGUGGCUACGGAGAGCAGGUCUGUGGCCUCACCCUCUUGUCAUCCUUCCCUCCUAGCAGUUGGGAUCUUUGGCUAACAUUUCAGCCCCAAAAUUCCCAUGGUUCAUAGUAACAGUAACUCCCUUUCUCUUUCUAUCUCACACUCUCUCUCCCUCUCUGUUACUCUUUCUUUUUAUAUCUCACUCUCUCUCUCCCUCUCUAUUACUCUUUCUCUUUAUAUCUAACGCUCUCUCUCCCUCUCUAUUACUCUUUCUCUUUAUAUCUCACUCUCUCUCUCCCUCUCUGUUACUCUUUCUCUUUAAAUCUCACUCUCUCUCUCCCUCUCUGUUACUCUUUCUCUUUAUAUCUCACUCUCUUUCUCUCUCUUUAUUACUCCUUCUCUUUCUUAAACUAAACUUAACUGGCUGUGAUGACACCCCCGUCCAGUGUUGCCUUUGGAAACGCUCGCCCCUGAACACUGUGCUGGAUGCUGAUGCUCUCUGUGGAAACAGCUACACGUGAGCGUUAAGGGGGAAGGUUAGGUAUGAAAGGCACUGUGAGGCAGAGCGAAGUAUGGCCUCUUACAUGUACUAUAACAGGCAUCGCAAGAAGCUACACGUAGAUUCUUAAGUAACAGUAUACCUUACCAUAUCUGUAUUUGUGUGUCUUUAUGCCUUAAAGUGGUAGGCAAACCAAUUUGAGUUUCGCACUUGUAAAGUAAAGCAUUUGGACUUCAGACAAACACAAAAUCUCGACAUUGCCAAAUCAAAUUUUUAAGGAAAUUAUGUUACCUGUCCUUAUUUAUUUUGAUAUUUUUAUUUUUAUAUUUCUAUAUAAGCAUUACACAUAUAAAUAUCUUUCAAAUCUUUUUAUUUUAUUUUAUUUUUAUUUUGGUUUCCUCAGUCUUCUGUGCCAACUUGAAUCUGGGGGCUGAUCCCACUGGAUUGUCGAAGCGAGUGAACAGUGCGCUGCUCUGAUAUCUGUGUUAUUUAUUAUUUUGUAUUUAACGUGCGGGCGGCCCCUCCCGCCAUCCCUUUCCCCAGUGUGGUUUCAUCAAUGUGAAAACUGUGAAAGAUCAACACUUUUAUUUACCCAGAGUCUGUCUGGCCCAGGUCACGUCCCGACCCUCCCACUGUGAACCUCAGGUCCUCGCCGAGAGGUCAGAGGUCAUAGUGCGAUAACGCCGCGCUCGAGUCUUCGCCCCAGCGCUGCCGGACUGUGUCCAAGCGUACGCAGACACACACACGCGCGUGUGUGUGGGUUACAGAAAGCAGCUCUGAGUGACGUGUGGAACAAACAUGUUGGUUUCAGACCUCCUUAUUGCCGUGGAAACCGAUCCUGUUCCUGGAAGAUCUACCGCCUCGUAGGUUUUAGUUUCUACCCUGAUUCGGCACGCCCGGCUCGACCGAUUAGCAGCUCAACAAGAUCUCUGGCUCUCGCAUGAAGUUCGCUCUUGUUUGGGCUGGAGUGAAAACCUACAGGACGGUAGAUCUCCGGGAACAGGGUUGGUUACCACUGCUUUAGAGAAACUGUAAAGUAUGGAAGGACACACUGAAGGAAAAUCAACGUGUCGCUGGCUGAUUUUUAAUCCAGAGGGCUGAAACCAGGUUCACACUGUCUUCUCACCACUUUGCUGUUUCUGUGUCUGUUUUACACACAGUAGAUAAUGCUUACGGUAUGUUGAUAAGGGUACUGUAUUACAAUUAUGUCAAUGCCUCUUACUGUUGGAAUUCUGUCUGUCUAUGACAUCACUUCCUGGCGGAGCGUUCUGUGUUUGAUUACAGUUGAGAAGAAAAAUUGAGAUGUUCUGUUUCAAAUGUUGCUCAAAUGUACACCCGACCCAAAUCCUAUUCUGUGAAUAUAUAUCCCUAAUGUCUGAUCAGCACCCUACUUCUGAGCUACUGCCCCAUAUACUGAGGCAUUAGCAGUGUUCUUAGGUCACAGGAUGUCACUACAUUUUUAAGGGUGUCAGAUAACGGCAUAUCUGUGUGUCUGUCUGUACAUACGUCUGUUAAGAUAACCAGAUACAGAAACUAAAUGUGCACAUGUGUAAGAGUGUUCACUGUACAUUCUCUGCGGCUUGGCGUUUUGCAUUACAGAACUGUGGCGGGUGAAAGCUUCAGAUUAUGUCUUUACGUACUUUAGGUUGUAGGGAGUGACUGUGCCAUAGUAUGCCUUUACUGAAGAACCUGAAAUCUUUUGCAAAAUCAGCUUUAUUUCACCCGAGUUGUACAUUAGAAAUUAUACUCAAAAUAUACAUAACUCAACAUGCAAUUGACCUUUACAUAUAACUGGAGCAAAUAUUUAGAGAUAUAUGUUAUAACGAAUCUAUAGAAGCUGAAGUAUUAUAUGGAUAAUAUAACAGUAUUGUGGAAACAAUUCACAUUAGUAGUAUUAUAUAAUGAAUAUGUUAUUACGGUUCUUCUGUAUGGGCUAGUUUUACUGAGUUGCAGCGGUGUGUAGUGGUUGAACAACCUUUUGAUGCCCCGGUUGAACUGGCCUGAGGUUCAGAAGCGCUACAGUGUCAGGUUCAGAAGCAGAAGAAAGAGUCUGGUAGGAUGUCCGUUUCUGUUCAGCCCAGUUCAGGAGGUCCACGCCAGCCAGCUUUGGGAUGAGUCUGACGGCUGACUGACCUUUAUAUAACUCUGAGGGCUCUCCGAAUGCCCUUGCGUCUCAUACACCGUGCACGACGUGUUGCCAAAAUGUAAACUUUGGAGAUUGUUUUUACACCGAAAAAAGCGACAGAGAGCAGCGGGAGUUCCACAUUUGCGACGUGAGCAAAGAAGAGGUGCUAGAGGCCACAGGUCUUUCAAAAUGAAAACCUCCUCCUACGUACUCGCCAGAUUAUAAAGUACUGUACGUCUGAACUGUUUUCUGCUGGCGAUUUUCAUGUGAACGGUACAAUAAAAGCACGCUUCGUUCACACAAAAAAACAAAGGCCUUCUGAACGUGGUUCCUGUGCCCCGCCAUCCGCAGUCGUGUGGCAACCACCUCCUCGCCCUGCUGGGUUCCUGUCUCCUCGAUAAAGACGCGCAGGGGUGCGACUUUAAAUCUGCUCAAAGCAGGCCCUGACUUUUCCUGAGACGGCAGGUAGAAAGGUGUGCGUGGGUCGACAGCCAGUGUAAAAGGCCAUUAGGGUGAAAGGAUAUGUGACCGCGCAGUGAUGUCGAUAUCACAGCUAAUCGUUUGACUCUUGCUGUUCUUGGUGCCAUUAGAGAACGCCGCGUGGCUCUUGGUCUGGUGGCCGGAUGAAAAUGGAAGUGUGGUAACCAAGAAUAAAAAAAGAAAAAAAUGUAUUAAUUGUGACCUGUCACGAAUGGUCAUGUAUUCCUUACUUCCUCGCUGCAAAAAGGAUAUGAAUCAAUCUGCAUAUUUUUCAGCAGGAAAACAAAAAAAAAUCAGCUCUUGGGCCUGUUCUUACAGACGGAAAUAGCGCAUUUUAGUGGGGUAGAUUUAAUGCGCCAUCAAAGGGGUUUCACCAAAAUUACUGCUAAAAUAAGAUUAAUUGCAGGCAGUUUUACUUUGCUUUAAAAGUGAAAACCUUUUUU